AAUUAGAAAGUUCCCUCGGUUUUACAUUUGCCGUUUUCGAUAUUACACUCGAGAAAAUGGGGGCUCUUUGGGAAUUCGAUUGUGACAGUUCAGGUCUGAACCGAAGCUUCUUUGUUCCCUCUCUGUAAGCGUCUCCGGGUACUUUGCCCCGAAUUUGCAGAUUUUAUAUUAUAAAAAGGGCCUUUCUUAGGUUCAGAUUUUUAUGUUGAAUUCUUGCUGAUCACAGGCAUCGACUUUGUUGACAUUUUUCCAAAGAUCAAGUAAUCAUGCGUGCACCAGCAUUGCUUUCUCAAUGUUUGCCCGGGUUGGUGACCCCUGACCGAGGAAGUCACAGCACAUCCUCCAUAUCAGAAAGAGAUUUGAAUCUCCCUUCACCUGCCGUUGAGAUAAUCCCAUCUAAGACAGCUCAUCCAUACAAGUAUGCUGGUGAGAAUGUAGACUUACAUGGGCUCAAUAUUUUCAAGGGAAGAGUUAGUGUUGCUGAUAUCAUUGGAUUCAAUGGUUUGGAAAUGAUUUCCUCAAAACCUGAUGGAUAUCUGAAAUCUUGCGACAGCUCUAUUGAUCUUGUUAAUGUCCUUAAGCAUGAGAUUCGUGAUGGACAAUUGAGUUUUAGAGGCAAAAGGGUACUUGAGCUCAGCUGCAGUUAUGGACUUCCAGGGAUUUUCUCUUGUUUGAAGGGUGCUUGCACAGUGCACUUUCAAGACGCCAAUGCGGAAACUAUAAGAUCCACAACCAUACCAAAUGUGCUUGCCAAUCUUGAGCAAGCUCGGGACAAGCAGAGCCGACAGCCCGAGAGCCCCCUGACUCCAUCCAGACAAACUCUGGCUCCAUCAGUGCACUUUUUCGCUGGGGACUGGGAAGAACUCCCCACUGUGUUGUCUGUAAUGAAGAAUGAAGGGUUUGAAGGGACACCAGUGAUAAGCAUGAGCUUUUCUGAGGAGGAUUUCAUGGAUGGAGGUAGUAGCCUAGAUGGUAGCAUCAUGGGGCAGGAAUCCUCCUUGAGGCGAUCAAGAAAGCUCUCUGGAAGUCGAGCAUGGGAGAGGGCUUGUGAGAACAAUCAGGCAGAGGGUGGGUAUGAUGUUAUCUUGAUGACAGACAUCCCCUAUUCGGCGACUGCUUUGAAGAAACUAUAUGCACUCAUAAAAAAGUGUGUGAGACCUCCAUAUGGAGUGGUGUACCUUGCCACAAAGAAGAAUUAUGUCGGCUUCAACAGCGGAGCACGGCACCUGAGAAGUCUGGUAGAUCAAGAAGGCAUUUUUGGAGCGCAUUUAGUCAAAGAACUCGGUGAUAGAGAUAUUUGGAAAUUCUUUCUCAAGUGAUCACAACAUUCAGAACUGCAGAAAAGUAUCUUUUUAGUUUGUAUAAUAUAAUUCACAUGCAUUCUUUUUUUUUUCUUUCCCAAUGGUUUGGGGGGGAUUUGUUCAGUAGUUAAUAGAGUUAAAAUGGGGGAAGUA